CCCGCCCCGCCCCUCCAGGCAGUCCUCGCUUCUCCACCGGGAACCUUUCCUCAGCCGCGGCUUCGCCUCCCCGCCGGGGCGUAGCUGUGCGGGCUGCGGAGCUCCCGCGACCCAGAAACACUCGGGCACGGGCGGAGCGGCGGGUCGGUGUAGCUGCGCCAUGGCCGCGUCGGCCUGGUGCUGCCUGCGCUGCUGCAGGGACGGCGGGACCGGCCACAUUCCCCUCAAGGAGAUGCCGGCCGUCCAGCUGGACACGCAGCACAUGGGAACAGAUGUCGUCAUUGUGAAGAAUGGAAGAAGAAUCUGCGGCACCGGAGGUUGUUUAGCGAGUGCGCCUCUACAUCAGAACAAAAGCUACUUUGAGUUCAAAAUCCAGUCUACUGGAAUCUGGGGUAUAGGUGUUGCAACUCAGAAAGUUAACUUGAACCAGAUUCCUCUUGGCCGCGACAUGCAUAGUCUGGUGAUGAGAAAUGAUGGAGCCCUGUACCACAACAAUGAAGAAAAAAACAGACUGCCAGCAAACAGCCUUCCUCAGGAGGGAGAUGUAGUGGGUAUUACAUAUGACCAUGUAGAAUUAAAUGUGUAUUUGAAUGGGAAAAACAUGCAUUGUCCAGCAUCAGGUAUACGAGGGACAGUGUAUCCAGUUGUAUAUGUUGAUGACAGUGCAAUUUUGGAUUGCCAGUUCAGUGAAUUUUAUCAUACUCCUCCACCUGGUUUUGAAAAAAUAUUGUUUGAGCAGCAGAUCUUCUGAAUGUUUGUUUUCAAAACUUGCACCUCUGCACCACCACACAAGCGUUCACCACUUAAUAAAGCUCUCCCUGAUCUAGAGAUGAGAACACAUUCUGGAAAUUUCUCUUCUUACUGUUGUCUAAGGGACCCGUGUGUUCAUCAUACCAUACUGAAGUUGGAUUUAAAAUGUCUAGGCAUUGUGAUAGAAAAAUCAGCAUUUGGGGCCUCUUAUUUAAUCUUAUUUAAACUAAUAAACCAUGGGUUUGAUUAACAGUAUUACGUGGUAACAUGUAUAUAAAUAUUUAAAGGGAUUUUUCUUAUAUAAAGUAUUUGUUUGACAGUAA